CUCCUCCAACAUGGACCAGUGUUUGGCUCUGACGUCAUCCGUCACCGCCCUGCCUGCAGUAUCCGAGCCCACCGAUGAUGAUGAUGAUGGAGACGGGAGAAGCGGCCUCGCCAUGAAUCCCAUCCGGAGAAGGAAUUAACGCGCGCAACAACAACAACAACAACAAAAAUACACAACAACAACUUUCGUAUGUGGACACCGAACCGCGAGCCUUCUACAUCUGGCCCCCCCCCGGAAGAGAUGCUCCACGGCGGGCAAAAGCGAGGGGGCGACGGGCUGUGCCGCUCCGGUCCGGGUGUUCCUCCUGCGCGCGCGCCCACGGUGGAGGCGAUUUAGGGACGACAUCCGCCCGGGUAAACAUCACCAAACCCGGGGGGUUGUUUACAAAACAACACAGCUCCGGGAUCCGGUGCCCGGGGGGUGAAGAAGAACAAACCUUUAAUUAAGAGGGUGGAGCUGCGGUUUCUUCAAUAAAAUAUGAGGGAUCCCGCCUGACACCGGCAGCCUUAUUCUAAGAGCGGGAUUUGAUGUGUGUCUAACGGACGCUGGUGCAUAUUUGUUGUUGUUGUUGUUGUUGUUGUUGUGUGUGUCUGCACCAUGACACAGGGGAUGUUAUGUCACCACCGGACCGAGCGCUAGAGAUGACGGCUGCAGCCCGGAGCGGGACGCCUGCCCCCCCGAGCGUUUACGCAAAGCGCCCCGGCCGCGGCUCCCCGUGGAGGCUGUUUAUCCAACCCGCCGCCGCAGUGAUGCAGGUGGGCUGAUCCGACGCUGCUGCUGCCUCCAUGUGAUGAGAACCGGACAACCGGACAACCGGAGAACCGGCGGCGGGCCUUCUGUGUUUCUGUGACAGAUGCUCGGGCCUACGAGGCGCACCACACCGCGGAGCAGCAGCGGGGGGCGAGGCGGUGAUGCGGUGAUGCUCUGAGAAGAAAGUAGAAGAACAAGAAAAAAGGACCGUUUUUUUGUGUGGAUUUAAGGCGUUAAAAAAAGAGAAACGGGAUAAAAAGAAGCCAUCAUGUCGAAAGUUGUGAGUAACAAGGAGAAGAAGUCCUUCAGUAAAAAACUGUUCCGCCGGAGCUCCGUGCGCUCCGUCGGGAGCUUCAUGAACAGAGUCCUCCGGACCCUGUCCACGCUGUCUCACUUCGGCACCGACGGGCACGCCGCGGAGGACGAGAAGGACGACGCCACCGUCAACCCGAGCAGCACCACCGGGGGGUCGGUGCCGUCCGACGACAGCGACUGCGGGGGGUUCCCCUUCGGGGACAAGGUGCCCGGGGUGGCGGGGCUCAAGAACCACGGCAACACCUGCUUCAUGAACGCCAUCCUUCAGUGCCUCAGCAACACGGAGCUCUUCGCCGAGUACCUCGCGCUGGAGCAGUUCAAAGAGGGCGAGACGGCGGGGGCGACGACCGGCGGCGGCGGCGGCGACCGGGCCAAGGCCAACGGGCUGCAGAAGAAGGGGCUCCAGCAGCCGGAAUCCGGGGAGGUGACCGAGCAGCUGUCCGGGCUGGUCCGGGCUCUGUGGACCUUCGAGUACACGCCUCAGCACAGCAGGGACUUCAAGAACGUGGUGUCCAAGAGCGCCCUGCAGUUCAAGGGCAACUCCCAGCACGACGCGCAGGAGUUCCUCCUCUGGCUGCUGGAUCGAGUUCACGAAGACCUCAACCACAUCAUCCACCCGGACAUCCGGCCCCCCAGGAAGCCUCCAAUAGAAGAGGAAAAUGCCCCUGAAGGAUCUCCACUUCCAGCACCUGGCUCUUUCGUACAUGAGUUGUUUCAGGCACAAUACAGGUCCUCUCUGACUUGCCCUCACUGCCAGAAACAGAGCAACACCUUUGAUCCUUUCCUCUGCAUCUCACUGCCAAUCCCCGUACCUCACACACGGCCCCUGUAUGUGACUGUGGUGUACCAGGGGAAAUGCUCCCACUGCAUGAGAGUCGGGGUGGCGGUGCCUCUUUCUGGCACCGUGUCCAGGCUGAGACAAGCUGUGGCCCAAGAGACCAAAAUUCCUGCCCAACAGAUCGUCCUCACUGAAAUGUACUUUGACGGCUUUCACCGCUCCUUCUGCGACGACGACGACGACCUGGAGAUCAUCCAGGAGAGCGACUCCAUCUUUGCCUUCGAGACGCCCGAGCUCUUCCGACCGGAGCAGAUCCGCUCCAAGCGAGGCGGGAGCCCGCAUGCGUACCUCAACCAGAACAACCUGAAGUACAGCACGGACAACAACCGGCUAUCCACACAAAUACAAGAGCCGACCACCCCCCCGCCUCAGAGUCCUCAUAAGAACAGCGGCCAGGCGGAGAAGAUCAUCCUGCUGGUGUGUAACCGAGCCUGCGCCGGACAGCAGGGACGCAGGUUUGGUAAUCCCUUCAUUCUGUAUUUGGAGCGGACGGUGACAUGGGACGUGCUUCAGAAAGAGAUCUUGGAGAAGAUGCGGCAUCUUUUGCGCCCUGGAGUGUUUGUGCAGGUCGGGCCGUUCACUCUGCGUGUGGUCGGAGUCGUCGGAAUCACCUACCUCUUGCCUCAGGAGGAGCAGCCGCUCUGCCAUCCAUCCGUGGAGAGGGCGUUCAAGUCCUGCGGUCCUGGAGGUCCGCCUCACGUCAAAAUCGUGGUCGAGUGGGACAAAGAGACGAAAGACUACCUGUUCAAAAGAACCGAGGACGAGUACAUCCCCGAUGCCGAGAGCGUGCGCCAAGCGAAGGAGCAGCACCUGCAGCCGCAGACCUGCUCCCUGGCCCAGUGCUUCCAGCUCUACACCAAAGAGGAACAGCUGGCUCCUGACGAUGCGUGGCGGUGUCCACACUGCAAGCAGCUCCAGCAGGGCAGCAUCAAGCUCAGCCUGUGGACGCUGCCGGACAUCCUCAUCCUCCACCUGAAACGCUUCAGACAGGACGGGGAUCGCCGGAUGAAGAUGCAGAACAUGGUGAAGUUCCCGCUCGCGGGCAUGGACAUGGCGCCCCACAUGGUGAAGCGGAGCCAGAGCAGCUGGAGUCUUCCCUCUCACUGGUCGCCGUGGAGACGGUCCUACGGGAUGGGCCGUGACCCAGAGGACUACCUGUACGACCUGUACGCCGUGUGCAACCAUCACGGGACCAUGCAGGGAGGACAUUACACAGCUCACUGUAAGAACUCCAUCGAUGGACAGUGGUAUUGCUUUGACGACAGCGAUGUUCAGCACAUGUCUGAAGAUGAAGUCUGCAAGCAGAACGGCUACAUCUUGUUUUAUCAAAGACGGGCCACAAUCCCAUCCUGGUCCGCCAACAGUUCUGUGGGAGGCUCCACCAGCUCGUCUCUGUGUGAGCACUGGAUCAGUCGGCUGAUGGGCAGCCGUCCGCCGAGCCAAGCCUCGUCCGGCUCCUCCAGACGCACCUCCAUGGCCUCGCUCUCGGAGUCAGCGGAGUUCGCGGGCGAACGGAGCGAGGACGACGGCUUGUCGAGCCGGCCGGCGGUCAGGGGCCUGCAACGGCAAACGUUCUCCUCGAGGUCGUCCAUCGCCAGCCCCCUGGUGCUCAGCGAGAACGUCGCUAAACCGUCCUGGUCCCACUCCGCCAAGCUCCAACUCCGCUCCAACUCUCCCUCGCGCUUCUCCCUGGAGUCGCACUCCUCCUCCACGACGCUGGAGAGGAUCGGAGAGGUGGUCGACACCAAGCUGUCCCCGAAGCCGGACAAAGCGUCCGCGGCCGAGUCGGCGCUCGCGGCCUCUGACGGCAAGAGGCCGACGGAGCAGGUUCACUCCAAGAACGCGUCUCAGGCGGAGCAGAGGAGCUCCGCCCCCACCGGGGACCACGUCAGUGCGGUGGCUGCCGCCGCCGAGCCGGUCGGCCCUCGCCACGGGGCGGCUGCCAAGGACCCAAAGCAGAGGAACGGGCCUGCGGAUAGCACUUGCGUUAAAAGGACCUCGGCAAGUCCCAAGAAGCGCCCCGCCGCGUCCUCGACAUCCUCCAGCUCUCUGUCACCGGCGUCCCCGGCCGUCGACAAGUUGCCGUCUCGAACUCAGACCAAGAGCGCAGCCUCGGCGUCAUCGCCCAAGGACAAAGGCGACGCACCGCCGAAAACUAGCAAGGCCGCUUCCUCGAGAACGGCGACCCCCUCGAAGAAAGGGUCGUCCCAAACCCCGGAGGUGCUCCACCCUGACUCUGCCCAACUGGGGAAGAGCGGUUCUCCAGGAUUACAAAGCUCCCACCCUCCGAGGAGGACGUCCCCCCGGGGGGGAGGCGAGAAAAGCUCAGCCUCCGCGAGGACUAAAGCGGCAGAAAGGAGCGCGAGCCGCGAAUCCUCGCGGACUAGCGUGGUCUCGGAGAAGAAGGUGAGCCACGGCGGGCCUCCCCGCUCCGCCGCCGCCAGCAGAGCAGAGGGCCGGCCGGCGGCGAGGAGCUCGAGCAGCAGCUCCUCCAUGGCGAGCCUCCGAUCCUCGAGCGUCGGCGGUUCCUCUGCGAGCGCGGCGGCGGCGGCGCCAUCGAGGGCUCCUCAAAGGAACAGUAAGACGGAGGAGAAAGGUUUAUCCUUCUUCAAAACCGCCCUGAGGCCCAAAGAGACGCGGAAGUCGGCCGACGGCGGGAAAGCGGCGGCGGCGGCGGGGGAGGCUAAGGCGAGUCCAGAGGACGGCGCCGGGGAUGCAUCGAGAGAGGGAAUCCCACAGGGGGCGAGCAAGAAAGCCCAGGGCGUGGCUUCAGAGGCCCAGACUCACGGGACCACGGCCAGAGACAAGGAGUCCUCCAAGGCGUCCGCCGCGGCGAAGCAUUCGCUGCCGCCCGCCACAAAGCCCAAGCUCUCCGGGGCGGAGCCGGCCACCUCGGCCUCCGCCAACGCAAAAGAGGCUUCGAAGAAGGAGCCUGCCAAAAAGAUCAUGCAGUCCAGGAAGAUCCCCAUCAGCUCUUCACAAACGAGCCAGAGGGCCAAGUGACGAUGUCCUCCCGACCUCCUGUCCACACUGUUAAAUAGUUAUUUAGGAAUGGAUUUCAAUGAAGCACUUUGUAUGGAUUGCAUUCAUUUUGAGGAAUAUUACACUGUAUCAUAAAGAAGCAUGGACUGCA